GUAACCGCCCCCACACGGUAUAUAAUAUCACACACAUAUAUAUAUAUAUUAUUUGCCGAACUUAUUCUCGAACGAGUGGCCAAAGUCUGUUCAUUAGACCGGUGCCCGUCUCACGUUCCCGUUACACGAUACUCUGGGAACGUAUUGGCCGUGGAACGAGGACGGUCAGUGCGGGGACAGCGUUCCAACCGAAUCGCGUUGUCCAAUUCGCGGACACGAUUCUUCGUCUCGUUCUGCUAGGGGGAGGAGGAGUUGGAGCGUUCUUUUUUUCUUUUUUUUUUUUUUCUCCUUUGGACGGGCGGCCCAUCGUGCAACGGAACGCAUGAGAGUCGCAUCGCGGCGGCGCUCGAGGGAUGCAAGGCAUCCGAGAUCUCUUCCUCGUCUUUGCGUGCCUCCACUUCCUCGCCAUCUGCGUAUCUGAAAACGCGAUCGACGCUCCAACCACGCUGUCCAGGCGCAAGAGGUACUUGAUUUUUCCGGAAGGGAGUAACGUGCAGUUAGUGUAUUGCCUGACGGUGGGAACCUACGCGAAGGAGAACGAUGUAAUAAUGGGGAUAACGGCAGCCCUGGCCUGGGAGUUGCCGAGCAAAGUCGACUCGAAGAUAUCGAAGUUGCUCGAUCGAAAGAGCAGAAGCGUCAUGUACCCGAAAAUAGAGGCUCUGCUGGAAUCCACGGGUCUGGAUGGAAAAGCUUGCGUGAUGAAGGCCCUCUGCGAGGCUGCUCAGAGGAGUCCACAGGAUGUUGGAAAAGGGAGCCUGGUCCAGGAGUUGCUGCACGCCAUCUUCACGUUGCCAGGGGACGGUGGCCGUUUCGAGCGAUCCGAGGAUCAAGCUUACGAGCGCGCUUACACGAGCGGAGAGGAUUGCAACCGGCUGUACCCGACCUGCCGCCACUCCAUUUACGAGCUCGAGUUCUGAGGCUCGGCAGCCCUCGGUCAUCCCCCCCCCCCCCAUAGCAAUUGGACGCUAUUCGUAUGCGUGCGCGAACGUUGACCGCGUUUCCACGCGACGGAAACGCGCGCCACCCCUCCUCUCCACCUCGCCCCCUCGAUUUUUCAAACCGAGCCAUCCGUCGCCUAAUCCCCUUCUCCUCCUCCUCCAAUGCCAAAGUUGAGCGCGUCUUCGUUUCGUGUUUCGAAUUUUUCCAACUCCUCUCCCUCCCCGCCUCAUCACGCUUCACUCGCGUGGCGCGCGACCGUUUCUCUCUUCCGUGAACGAAUGGUGGAGCGAUCUCCGCCACCAUUCGGGGGGCAGGGAAUUUUCGAAUGCAAAGUGGACGGAUAUAUUCGGACACGAUGCGGAGAAAUGGAAAUUUUGAACAAUUGUCGGUGGAAUAGGUUGGAUAAGAAUGGCUCGGGUUACGACCAGUAUGCGGCUAUCUCUAUUUUAUCGGAAAUGGGAUCGAUGGAAGUGGACACGAGCGCACAGGAGUGAAAGAGUCGGGGAAUUUUUUUUUUUUCAAGUUACAUUUUAUUAACUAAGAGAAAAUUAAGAGAUUAAAAUUAAACUUUUGGCGAUGCGUUUGAUUGCAAGUUUAUUGAGAGUUGUGUGUGAGUUAAGAUGAUUAUAAUGAUAGAUAGAGAGAAUAAAUCGUGUUAAUUUAUUUAAAUCGAGUUGCAGAUUGGGUAUCCGUUAGGUAAGUACGAUUACAGAUCGAUAAAAGUUGUUACGCAAGUUGAUGAUCCUUUUAGGGAACAGCUUGGUCUACUAUCUACGGUCCAUUUUUAUUUCCUCUACGCGUUCUUUUUCUUUUUCUUUUUCCUUUUCAAGGGUUUUUUUCACGACUUUUUCACGACCGCCACGAUUUAUUUUAGAGGAUGUCGGUGUAUUCGCGGUAAUUCGUUUUGCAUUAACAAAAUGGUCAACCGAGUGACCGCGGAUUUACAGUUCAUUUCGGCGGAGUGCAGUGCCUGCCCGCUCUUUCAACCCUUUUGUAAACGGGCCUGAGUGAAAAAGUCUACAAAAGGAGAACGGGAGAGAAAGGGAAAAUGGAACGGAACGGGGAGGAAGAAGAGGAGGGAAAUAAUAUCGCGCAUCGCGGUAUUAUUUAAAUGUCCAAUAUUUAACCACCAAGUAUUACAACAACGUUUAAACGAGUUCGUCACGUUUCAUUAAUAAUAAUAGGUUCGCGCAUCUAUUCGACAAAGUUCACUUUGGUUUUCGAACGAGAAAGAAAAAAAAAAAAAGAAAGAAAAAAGAAAUUAAAAUUUCCACACGGUUUCCUCGAAAUAAAAUAAUCAUACAAACGUGAUGUCCACUUUUUUUUUUUUUUUUUUUUAAAGUUAUUUUAAUCCCUAUACGUGGAAUUUUAUUUUUCAAAGAGGAUUAAGGCAGGUUAAUGCCUGGAUGGAGAUAGAGAGAUGAUGGAGGGAGACAAUUAAACGCAUCCGUUGCAAUUUGUUAACGCAUUAAACUUCCAAUUAUGCAAUUUUGAAUGUUUGCGCGAUUUCUCUGUAUACGUGUGCACAUGUGUGUGCUUUAACUGGAAAUUCGAAACGGCGAUUUAUUUUUAAUAUUAAUUAAAAUGUUGUAAUAUCGUAUGAAGGAUCGCUGCUCGAUGUAGGCCAGCUUGAGUCGGGAUUGCAUUCGGUCGAAAUCAAGAUAGGAUUCGAGUGGAAUCUUGGUAUUCAUCUUUUCCUUUUUAAUUCAAUAGGGUGGAAAACUUUUGGAUGAAAUUAUACGUACAUGCAUAUUCGUUGGAAAGAGAAAAGGGAAAAGAUGCACUCGCUCGAUAUGCACGAAAGAUGCUUCAUUAUCGAUAAGUAGAUAGUCCCACGCAAGAUGAUGCAAACAUCUGAUGAUUGAAAUAGUUCGAAUAUAAUAUAUCUCAACGAGAAAAGAGAAUUUCGGGAAAUAAACGUGCGUUACACCCUACCUACAUUCCGUAAGAAAAUUCUUCCCCUCAGACAGAGAUCAACAAGAAGAUCGAAAUUGAAAAAUUAUUCCAAAAUUAAUCGGACGAAAAUUGGAGAUUAUCCACGAAGAAAUGAAAGUAAAUACAUUUUAUUUUUAAAUUAUUCUUUAAAAAACAUUCUUCCUGGAGGAUAAUGAACUUGACCCGAGAACGCCAAAGUAAUAGAGAAAGUGUGAAAAGGAGGCGGGGGGAGAGAUUUUUUUUAUCAGAGAAUCAUGAAAAAUCCGCUAUAACACGAAACCCAUCCAACUUUGAAUAAUUCUCGAAAAAUUAAGGGAACGAUCGGGAUGGCAGUAAAACUUUCGGUCAGAAAAAGGAUGGCAGUAAAACUUUCGGUCAGAAAAAGGAUUAAAAAAGGGUAAAAGGGAGAGGGAUAGAUUUAUCUUCCCCUAUCGCGAAAAAAUCCGCAAUUCCAGCAGCGGCCGAUUCCAAUUACAUUUUUGGCCAUCGGUGUGAAA